AGAUUUAAUAUAUAACAUCCGCGUCUCCUUAUGGUUUCGUGAUGAACUUUGUUUCGUUAUGUAAUUUGCAAAAUUGUAAGAAAAUUAAACAUCAGAUUCAAAGUUUUGCAUUUCAUUAAUGUAAAUGUACUAAAUUUGAAACGAUUAAAGAUUAAAUGGUGGCAGUGUUAAUGCUCUUCGGUGCCGCCUUCAGCGCAAGGUUGGACAACACCUACUUACCACCCGCAGGUGCUGGCGGUUCCGGUGGAUACAACGGUCCGGGAUUCGGCGGUGCUCCCAGUCGAUUCCCAGGCGGAGGCGGCGGCGGCGGAGGAGGAGGCGGUAGAUUCCCGGGAGGCGGCGGCGGAGGCGGUGGUAGGUUCCCAGGAGGUGGAGGAGGCGGCGGAGGCGGUAGUUAUCAAGGAGGCGGCGGCGGAGGUGGCGGAGCGAACAUCCCGAUCCUGCGUUACGACAACGAGAACAACGGCGACGGAUCGUACAGUUACGCGUACGAAACAGGAAACGGAAUCAAAGCGCAAGAACAAGGAGCGUUGAAGAACGCCGGAUCGCAGAACGAAGCCCAAUCGGCAACAGGAUCUUUCUCUUACACCGGCCCAGACGGACAACAAUAUGCCGUGCAAUACACGGCCGAUGAGAACGGAUUCAGGCCGCAGGGAGCGCAUCUUCCGACGCCUCCACCGAUCCCCGAAGCGAUUUUGAGAUCCAUCGAGCAGAACUUAGCUGAAGAAGCGAGAGGUGGCGGUGGAGGAGGUUAUGGAGGAGGAGGAGGCGGCGGCGGAGAUGAUGGUCAGUACCGUCCAUCAGGAGGCGGCGGCGGAGGUGGUGGAGGAGGAGGAAGCGGUGGAAGCGGCGGCGGUGGCGGUGGAAUCGGAGGAGGCGGUGGCGGAAGACCUUCUUUCGGUGGACCUCGUCCAGGCAGCGGCUCCUUCAAUCCACAAACCGGGUAUAAUUAUUAAUAGUGGCUGAUUCUUGA